GUAAAAACUGACUCAACGUUUCUUUCAACCUGUCAUCUCCUUCUUCUGCUUCUUCUUCUUCUUCUUCUUCUUCUUCCCCUUUACUUUGUAAUUUUGUAUCCGUUGAAACCGAACUUUUCUUUUUCCCUGUAAACGCUUAAAUUUUCCACUGAUUCUCUCAACUUUCUCGUCAACUAAACACUUGCAUUUGUCCCAUCUAAUUCGUUCCAAUACCGGCCCGAAACCGCCCAAUGUCGGUCUCCGGCACUGAUACUUCCACCAACAACAAUGACAACUCUUUGCCUCACAAACUCACAUCAAAAACAUCGUUUCUCAAUCUAAAGCUCUAUGUUUUGAUAGCAAUUAUUUCCAUAUGCAUACUCUUGGUUUUGCUUCUUGUGUUCCUCUGCAUCCGCUUGAACAAGGCUUCCCGGAAACGGAACAGAGUGCUGGCUAGGAGGAGCUCCGGUCUGAUCCCGUUAGUGUCGAAAGAAAUCGUAGAAAUCAAAGCUUUGGAUCGGAAAGGAAAUGACGAGAAAGAGGAGGUAAAAGUUGGAAAUGUGAAUUUGAUAAAGAAGAAAGAGAUUGAGGCUGUUGUUGAUUUGGAGACCGCAGAAGGGAAAAAGAAGCAGCAGAAGAAGAAGAGUGGAGAGAGUGAUGACGCGUCAUGCAGCACGAGUAGCGACGUGUCGUCGGUGGAGGCACAGCAAAACAUUGGGUGGGGUCGCUGGUAUAGUGUGAAGGAGCUGGAGAUUGCGACACGUGGAUUCGCGAGGGAAAAUGUGAUCGGUGAAGGAGGAUACGGCAUUGUGUAUAGAGGGGUACUGGAAGAUGGGUCUUCGGUGGCUGUGAAGAAUCUGCUUAAUAACAAGGGUCAGGCUGAGAAGGAGUUUAGGGUGGAAGUUGAAGCCAUUGGAAAAGUAAGGCAUAAGCACUUGGUAGGUCUAAUUGGGUAUUGCGCAGAAGGUGCUCGAAGGAUGCUUGUUUAUGAAUAUGUUGACAAUGGGAAUUUAGAGCAAUGGUUACAUGGUGAUGUUGGACCUGUUAGCCCUUUGACGUGGGAUAUCCGAAUGAAGAUUGCCAUUGGGACAGCAAAAGGGCUAACCUAUUUGCAUGAAGGUUUAGAACCUAAAGUUGUGCACCGUGAUAUAAAGUCCAGUAAUAUACUUCUGGAUAAAAAAUGGAACCCAAAGGUCUCUGACUUUGGAUUGGCCAAGCUCUUGGGAUCUGAGUCAAGCUAUGUAACUACCCGAGUUAUGGGAACAUUUGGAUACGUUUCCCCUGAUUAUGCAAAUACAGGUAUGCUUAAUGAGGGGAGCGAUGUGUAUAGUUUUGGUAUUCUGCUUAUGGAGAUGAUUACAGGAAGGAGCCCAAUUGAUUAUUCCAGGCCAGCUGGAGAGAUGAACUUGGUGGACUGGUUUAAAGGAAUGGUGGCGAGUCGUCGUGGAGAAGAGGUUUUAGACCCUCUAAUUGAAGUUCAGCCUUCUCCAAGAGUUUUUAAACGAACAUUGCUGGUUUGUCUUCGAUGUAUAGAUUUGGAUGCCAGUAAGCGACCAAAAAUGGGGCAAGUUGUUCAUACGCUCGAGGCAGAUGACUUUCCUUUUCGUGCUGAAAUCAGAUCAAUUAAAGAGAAAGAUCUUCCCCCUUCUCAUGCAGCCAUGUCCAACAAAGUUCCACAUCCAACCAAGCAAGCAAGAGGGAGUGAUGUAGAAAGAUCAAAGCAAAGAUGACGGUUGUUGGUUUGAAGAUUAGCAGCUCCUGAUUUAAAAUUUCAAAUUAUUUUGUAGUAUAAUUUUUCAUUUACUAUACGUAGACAAAAUUACAUGUAUCCGAUGUUUAUAUUUUACUUCUCUCACCUUUUGGAUAUUAUACAUUUCAAUGAUGCAUUAUGGCAUCCUACGAGUUGAAAAUAAAGUUAGCCUUGUAAAUAUGGAUCAUAUUUGGGUAUGUCAAAUUUCAGCUUGCUUCAGUGUUU